AUGAAGGUCCUUCUGAUCAAUGAAGGUACAUUAAGCGAUAUGGAGGUGCUCAAGCUCAUGCAGGAACGCAAAGAGCAGCGUAUACACAAGUCAGCCAUGGUUGAGUAUGCAGAACGCAACUGGAUGGAUCACAAGGUGCUUAAAUUCCUGACGCAGAGCCACUCGCAAUGCUCGACACUAAGUGCGAGCUGCAUUCAGGACUUCCUCAAGGAACUUGCCCAGGCGAAGCUAUCGGCGUUGACCUCGGCUGAAAAGCUGCAAUUCAUCAAUCACAUCCCUACAGAGCUUGUGGAUAUUCAUUUGAUCGUCGAGGACUGUGCUGGACGCUUUUCAGAGACGCAAGUGGACGAGCUCAUUCGAAUUGUCGAGCGUACACUUGCAGUAGAGCUGAUAAAACAGCGACGGAAUGCCGAGACUGCACAGACUGAAGGCAUGGCUGGAGAGGUAGAGGAGUAA